UUGUUCAACAAAAAAGGAAGGUACCAUGAGUACAACAAACUAUCUAAAAUUGCUACUCCUACUCCAAAAUUUAUUCUCAUUAGCUUGCCUAAUAACCAGCCAACCUGCAGCCCCAUCAACAACACCAACCACAACACCAGUGCUAGACAUUGAUGGCCAUGAGCUCCAAAUUGGCUCAAAAUACACAAUUUUACCUAGUCAAAAUGGAACUGGUGGAGGUGGACUAGCACUAGCAGCUAAAGACAGGCCAUGUCCUUUUUAUGUCAUGCAAGAAAAUCUUGAAUCCUCUAAUGGCCUUCCAACAAGAUUCAUGACGGUUGACAAUAAACAAAAUGUCAUAAAUCUUUCUACUGAUUUAAACAUUGUGUUUUUUGCUGCCACCAUUUGUGUGCAGUCCACGGCGUGGAAGCUCGGUGGCGCGGACGAGAUAACCGGCCGGAGGUAUGUCAUGAGUGGUGGCAUGACUGGCCGGCCGGGGCUGGAGACAGUGAGCAAUUGGUUUAGAAUAGAGAGGAUUGCGAAUGGGAGUAGUAUUAAUAAUGGGUAUUAUAAGAUUGUGUUCUGUCCUGGGGUUUGUAAUAAUUGUAAGGUAGUGUGUGGGAAUGUUGGUGUUUUUAAUGAGAAUGGGAAGAGAUGGCUUGGGUUGAAUGAUGAACCACUUGUUGUUAGGUUCAAGAAAGUUCUGAAUUAGUAUGAAGAAUUGAACUUAUCAUUUUUCUUCUUCUUA